UUGGGAUUAGGCAUCAUCCUUGUCGCUCUAUCAAAAUCAAGUUUUAAGGAUUCGGUUGAGCUCGGCAUUCUCGCCGCUCAAUUAAAAGACGUUGUUGCGGAACGUCUUGCAUCCAUCACGGAUGUGAACCAUGAGGAGUUCGAUGGCACCUAUAUUCAGGCUACGGCGCUGAAUCCGCAGUUGGCUGUGCUGCUGAGUGAACAGCAGUUAUCCUAUGCGAGAUCGGCUAUUGAGCAGGAGCUCCAUACCCGACAGCCCCCAGUCUCUUCUUCUCUGGGUGUUGAUGCUCUUCUGGCAUCGGUGCUUACCUCAUCACCGGAUUCGCUUCCACUAUACUCUGACCUACUUCAGCAGGCUCAGCGACUACAGCAGGAUCGUAAUUCGCAGCCAAUGCGUGAUAGAAUAACCGAAGCUGCAUUGUCGUCGUAUUUUGACGAACUUCUUAGCGGGGUAAGCGUUUUUAAACUUUUCCGCCAAAAAAAGCAGGUUACAUUGGAAGUGGAAAUAAAAAAUAGCUUGAUUUAA